AUGUCUGCUCGAAAGAACAAAUACAUCACCCCGAACGUGCAGCAUUUCUCACUAGAUCCUCGCGGUGCCCACCCUGACUUGACAUUUCAAUUCAAGCCUACAUGGCAGUCAUUGUGCAGGAAGGAUGUUCUGGCUGCCUCCGAAUAUGAGCCAUACAUGACUUUGCCCCGUGUCCUGAUACCUGUUCCAGGUCACCCCUUACGACCACCCAAAAUGCGCUAUGGGUGGAUCGCCAACGAAGAGGUUCUUGUUGAAAUUGCCAAGGAGCUCGAUUGCGCUGUAUUAUGCGCCCCCGCCACUUUCUCGGAUGGAUCCGACGACGAGGAUCUGGACGACGAUGAGGAAGAAGUGGUCAAAGAAGAAUACAAUAACAGCACACCGGUCCAGGCAAUCCUAACCUCAAGAUAUAAGCCUGACAAAUUUCCAAAUGAAUCUGAUGGGCACUAUGUGGCCAGACGUGCGGGAUGGGAGGUGUUUAGGACAUUCCAGAGGGUAGUAAACAUCGUGCGAUCGGAGGAACUUGCCGCUCGAGGUACCCUCGCACUGUCCCUCACGCUCUUCCGCAAUUCCACUCCCUUCAUGAUCUCAGCCUUCACGAACUACGACCUUACCUCGAAACGACUCCCAAGCGUGGACGAUUUAGACAUGCUGGCGCGCCGGCUGGGCCUGCAAGGAGAUGCCCAGUGGUUCUUGGAUUCAUUAGACUGGCGGUGGCAUGACAAUGGCCAGCCUUACUGA